AUUGUCACUUCAAGUUAAAUGUUCACAUAAACCUAAUACCCUUUCUUGUCUAUGUGCAGAGUUGCAGCAACAAAAAGUCCCGUCAUAUUCAUUGGAACUGGAGAGCAUAUGGAUGAAUUUGAAGUUUUUGAUGUUAAACCAUUUGUUAGCCGCCUUUUAGGCAUGGGUGAUUGGUCUGGCUUCAUGGAUAAAAUUCAGGAAGUUGUACCAACUGAUCAACAACCAGAGCUUCUUCAAAAGCUCUCUGAAGGAAGUUUUACCCUUAGACUCAUGUAUGAGCAAUUCCAGAACAUACUUAAAAUGGGUCCAAUAGGCCAGGUGUUCUCCAUGUUACCUGGAUUUAGUGCAGAGGUGAUGCCCAAGGGUCAUGAAAAAGAAAGUCAGGCCAAGAUCAAACGCUAUAUGACAAUGAUGGACUCCAUGACUAAU